GUUGAAGUUAUAGGCAUUGCAAGAAUUGUCAAAAAGAAAUGUCACGAAGAGCACUUAAAGCAAUAAAUUGGGCCGCUUUUGCGGAGCGAAUUCCAGAAUCUGAAAAAACUACUUUAUCCGCUUUUAAAUCUAAAUCUGAUAAAUUUUUGCAGCGCAUGAUGGCUAAUCCAGAAGCUCUACCAAAAAUUGAUUGGACAUAUUACAAAAAAACUAUUGCAACUCCUGGUUUAGUAGACAAGUUCCAAAAAGAAUAUGAAUCAAUAUCAAUACCAUAUCCAGUAGAUAAGUAUACAGCAGAAAUUGAUAAUGCACAGAAAGAAACGGCUAAAAAGAUAGAACAGUUUAUCGAAGAAACAAAUGCAACAAUUAGCUCUAUGGAAAAAGAAAUCAAUAAACUCAAAGCCAUGCUACCAUAUGCAGAGAUGACAAUGGAUGAUUUUAUUGAAGCACAUCCAAAAGCAUUCAUGAGAACUGAUGUAGUUACAACAUGGCCUCAUACAGACGAUUCACAAGAAGAUUUGAAUGACGAUACUCCAGAUGAAAAUGAUCAUUAAUUGAAUUUCACUUAGUUCUGAUGUAACAUUCAUAACAUUCUGUUAUUAAGCUGUUGUACUAUCAGUGUAUUUAAUUAUCAGUAAAAAACCCAAUUUAUUAAGAUUCUGAAACUAUCAUGCAAUGUUAAAUACACAAAUAUAAAUAUGUAUUCGUUA